GAAACAGCAGCAUGACGACGACCUGACGGCUGGACCGCAUCAGGUUUUAUCUAUCAGAACCCUGCUGCCGGGUCUCAGUGAUGACCCAGCUGGAGCCCAGGUGUGGAACCGGCAGAGUUUCUGCUUCCUGAACCAAGCCCUUCCGAUCUGGACCAUGAGUGGAACCGGAACUCCCCCUGAGGGCGUCGAAGGCCCAGCUCAUCCUGGUCCCUACCGCUGGCACCAUUACAGAAAACCCUUGAAGGUGUUUGAAGCUCAUCCAGAUUCUGAGCAGCCACUGGACCGAUACCAGUGGGGAGGCUCAGACAAUCAGCCCAACCUGUUUGGACUGCUAAAAACUAGCACUCUGCCGCGGUUGAGGCGACGGAAUGAGACUCAGGAUCCCAAGCAAGGAUCUCUGCGAAGGAUCAUUCCCUUCUUCCGGUCCAUGUCGGAACCAGGAGCCACCGGCAAUCCAGAGAAUUCUCCAGCCAGGAAAACCGGAUCAUCCGCUCAGUCGAGGGCACCGUCUGUCAGCAGUUUUAUCAGUACGCUGACCCGCAGGAUCAGUCGGGUUAUGAGAGAUGAGCCAGAACCAGAGUCCGACGUGAAGGGACCCCCGGCCCACCGCUUCUCCUGCGGUCAGAGUCCGUACACGGACGGCGCCGCCUGGGAGAGGAAGUUCUGCAUCCUGACCGACAGCCAGCUCAUCCUGCUCAACAAGGACGAGGAGGCUGCAGGCGAGCCUCAGGAGGCCCCCACAGAACCCACCAGGGCCCGGAGCCUCCGCCGGACCGUCAGCGUGCCCUCAGAGGGACAGUUUCCCGAGUUCCAGCCGGAGGGCGCCACCGUGCUGGAAGCAUCUUCGGAUCGUUCUCCGAGGAGGAGGAGCAUCUCCGGACCGGGCUCAGAGAAGAACCUCGCUCUAGACAGUCCCAACUCGUCUCCGUUCAAGGUUCCGGGCUUCUUCAGCAAACAUCUCAAAAGCUCCAUCAAGAGGACGAAGAGUCAGACCAAACUGGACCGGAACACCAGCUUCAGACUGCCGUCGCUCCGGCCUGCUGAUGCAGACAGGUCCCGCGGGCUCCCUAAGCUGAAGGAGUCCAGCUCCCAUGAGUCUCUGCUGUGUCCGGGCAGCGCUGUGGAGGCUCUGGACCUGAGCAUGGAGGAGGACGUGUUCAUCAAGCCGCUGCACAGCAGCAUCCUGGGCCAGGAGUUCUGCUUCGAGGUGACCUACUCCGGCGGCAGCAAGUGUUUCAGCUGCACCUCCGCCUCAGAGAGGGACAAGUGGAUGGAGAACCUGAGGAGAACCAUCCAGCCCAACAAGGACAACUGUCGGCGGGCGGAGAACCUGCUGCGCCUGUGGAUCAUCGAGGCCAAAGACCUGCCGCCCAAGAAGAGGUACUUCUGUGAGCUGUGUCUGGACGACGUCCUGUACGCCCGCACCACCAGCAAGACCCGGCAGGACAGCCUGUUCUGGGGCGAGUACUUCGACUUCUGCGGCCUGCCCGUGGUGCGCAGCGUCACCGUGCACAUCUACCGCGACGUGGACAAGAAGAAGAAGAAGGACAAGAACAACUACGUCGGCCUGGUCAACAUCCCGGUGCCCAGCAUGACGGGACGGCAGUUCGUGGAGAAGUGGUACCCGGUGAGCACGCCAACGGCCAGCAAGUCCAAAGGGGGCGGGCCCUCCAUCCGGAUCAAGUCCCGCUUCCAGACCAUCUCCAUCCUGCCCAUGGAGCAGUACAAGGAGUUCGCCGAGUUCGUCACCAACAACUACACCAUGCUGUGUUCCGUGCUGGAGCCCGUCAUCAGCGUCAAGAACAAGGAGGAGAUGGCCUGCGCGCUGGUCCACAUCCUGCAGAGCACGGGCCGGGCCAAGGACUUCCUGACUGACCUGGUGAUGUCAGAGGUGGAUCGCUGCGCCGACCAUGACGUCCUGAUCUUCAGGGAGAACACGCUGGCCACCAAGGCCAUCGAGGAGUAUCUGAAGCUGGUGGGCCAGAAGUAUCUCCAUGACGCCCUGGGCGAGUUCAUCAAGGCUCUGUACGAGUCGGACGAGAACUGUGAGGUGGACCCGAGCCGCUGCUCCGGCAGCGACCUGACGGAACAUCAGAGCAACCUGAAGAUGUGCUGCGAGCUCGCCUUCUGCAAGAUCAUCAACUCCUACUGCGUGUUUCCUCGGGAGCUGAAGGAGGUGUUCGCCUCCUGGAAGCAGCAGUGCGUCGCCUGCGGACAUCCGCAGGACAUCAGCAAGCGCCUGAUCAGCGCCUCCCUCUUCCUGCGCUUCCUCUGCCCCGCCAUCAUGUCGCCGUCGCUCUUCAGCCUGAUGCAGGAGUACCCGGACGACAGGACGUCCAGAACCCUCACCCUCAUCGCCAAGGUCAUCCAAAACCUCGCCAACUUCACCAACAGGUUCGGCAACAAGGAGGAGUACAUGGCCUUCAUGAACGACUUCCUGGAGCACGAGUGGGCCGGGAUGAUGCGUUUCCUGUCGGAGAUCUCCAACCCGGAGACCCUGUCCAACACGCCGGGCUUCGAGGGGUACAUUGACCUGGGCCGCGAGCUGUCGGUGCUGCACGCUCUGCUGUGGGAGGUGGUCUCCCAGCUCGACAAGGGUGAAAAUUCCUUCCUGCAGGCCACCGUAGCCAAGCUGGGCCCGCUGCCGAGGAUUCUGGGAGACAUCAGCCGCUGCCUGGCUGCGCCCACGCCGAUCCAGCAGCAGCUGAGGCGUUUCCAGGACAACAGCAACAUCAGCGGCAGCGUGUCGUCAGGGCUGCAGCGCAUCUUUGAGGAUCCUGCCGAUAGCCACAGCGACGUCCGCAGCCUUCAGUCUCCAGCCGGCGAGCUGCUGGAGGGUUACGGUCGGAGCCAGCGCCCCCUGCUGGCUCAGCAGCUUCCUGCCAGUUUCUCUGAUCAGGACGGCCUGCUGCCCAACGGUCGCAGCGUCUCUCUGGUGGACCUCCAGGACUCUCAGAGCCUUCAUGGUCCAGUGGGGCCCCCGACGCCCCACGAAGCCCCGCCUCGCCUCAGCAGGGUGGGCUCUCAGGCGUCUAUCGGGCAUGGCCCCUCCCCUUUGACUUACCCCCACUCCAACCCGGUGACGCCCCAGCCGGCGCCGCACCAGUCCAAAGCCCCGCCCAGAGACGGUCAGCCGCAGAGUGCGCCGCAGGCGAGGCGGCCCCUGCCCCCCUCGGUCAGAGAGCAGCGCCUGCUGCAGGCGCUGUCCUUCCAGAACCCCGUGUACCAGCUGAGCAACCCGGCCCACAGCCUGUCCACCCGCUCCGCCCAGUCGCUGAGGCACGACUCCAGCUCCGAGAACCUGAGCACGGAGAGCUCGCACAACAGCCACAGCAACUCUGACGACUUCGGCAGCCAGGUGGGGGGCAAAGGUCACAUGGCGUCCAACAGCAGUCUGGACGAGGUGGGCAGCAGGCGGAGCACGCAGAGCGAGGACUGCCCCACGCCGCGCCGCCAUCCGCCGCAAGACCUGCCGCUGGCUGCAGCCACGGCGGUGGCCAUCCCCCGCCAGAGCACCACCGCGGGCACCGCCCACAUCAUCAAGGUGGAGCAGCAGAGCAGAGGAGGGGGCGGGGUCAGGACGCCUCGCUCUCAGCCGCAGAGCGCCUCGCUACGGAGCAGCAGCAGCGCCAACACUGAGCCCACACCCUCCACCCGCCAGCCGUCCACAGGCGCCAUGGAGACCGUGGCUCCGCCCUCUAGGGCCGCAGCUAAACAGCCACAGGUGGGAACGCCAGUGGAGGCGGUGGCCAUGUCCCCGGUGGAGAGGACCGCGGCAUGGGUCCUGAACAACGGCCAGUACGAGGAGGAGGAGGCGGGAGCAGAACCCAGCAGAGAGGAGGGCCGGAACACGGAGAAGUACGAGCUGGAGAUCUCCCGCCUGAAGGAGCGGCUGCGGGCGUCCGGGCGGCGGCUGGAGGAGUACGAGCGGCGGCUGCUGGCUCAGGAGCAGCAGAUGCAGAAGCUCCUGAUGGAGUACAAGAACCGGCUGGAGGACAGCGAGGAGCGGCUGAGGAGGCAGCAGGAGGAGAAGGACGGCCAGAUGAAGAGCAUCAUCUGCAGGCUGAUGGCGGUGGAGGAGGAGCUGAAGAGGGACCACGCAGAGAUGCAGGCGGUGAUCGAAGCCAAGCAGAAAAUAAUCGACGCCCAGGUCAGUAACGGAUGUGAAUUAAACCAAUCAGGAGAAGCGGAUCGGCUCGCUGGACGCGGCGAACUCCCGGCUGAUGGCGGCGCUGACGCAGGUGAAGGAGCGUUACAGCGCCCCCAACAUCCGCAACGGCCUGUCGCCAGGCAACCCCACCAAACUGUCCAUCACUGAGAACGGAGAGUUCAAGAACAGCAGCUGCUGAUUGGCUGACAGCGGAGCGGAGACUCCGCCCCCGAGCUGAGGGCUCUUAAAGAGACAGAACUGAUGAAUGGAUGUAGAGUGUAAAUACUGAAGGUUGUACAGAGAGGAGGAGGAGGAGGAGUCACAGAAGCACAGCGAGGAAGAAGAAACCAACCAAAAACACAAUCUGAACGUUUUCUAACUUUUUUAAGGUUUUUAUUUCAAGCUUCUAGUUUUUGUUGAGGAGUUUGAAGCUUUGGUUUUCUUUUUAUUUUCCCCCUUUGACAUUUCUGACUGAAUUUAGUUUUCUUUUUUUAUUUUUACCCGAUGCAUUGAUUCGGGUUUUUAAUUUAUUCCUCUUUGUUCUCGACCCCUUUGCUGAUCUACUGAACAGACCUGUGAAGGGUAGGGGUCAAAGGUCGCACCUGUCUGCUGUCCCACGUUAAGAAUAAAACUGUCUGAAAGCA